UCCUUACACACCCGUUUGUUUCUCUUCCACCAUUUUCAUCCACAAAAUUACAUCUCUUUGAUCAAAUAAUAAUAAUCUUCAACGACAGAAUCAGUCAUGGAGGUCUCACUGAGAGCUACAGUCCCUCCUCAAUUCAACAGAAUCCCCAAGUCGAAACCUCAUAACAAUCGACCCGUUGUUUGUUGCUUCGGGUUAGAAAAUCACAAUAGCGUUGAGUUAAAUCAGUCCAAAAAUGACGAACCCGAAAGAACUCAUAAUGACAUCUGGCGGCUUUUCACAGAAGCUCAAAGGAAUAUUAUGUACUUAAACAGACAACGAGUACAAGCUAUAGAAGAGCUAGAUGAAAUGAAAAAAGAACAAAAAUCCUUGCUUGAAAAGUUAGAGCAGCUGGAAAGUCAAACACAUGCUUCCAUUAAAGAAGAUCCUUUCUCAAUCAUCUCCGAAUUGCUGCUAAGAAUAGACUCAAUGGUGCUGACUGGGAUCCUCGACACUAGAGAAGCUUCCGGCUUUAGAAGUCUAGUCAUCAACACAUCACUUAACGUAGCUGAUUAUUUCGCUGACAUCAUCUCUAAAAGUGACGCUGAAAUUUUGGCACAACUUCGUCACGUUUCAAACAAAAAAAAAAUGAAAGGUUUUCACAUAAUCCACAUUUGUACUGAAAUGGAACCGGUUGCUUCGGUUGGAUCUUUGGCGUCGUAUGUCACUUCGUUAUCUCAUGUGCUGCAGAGGCAUGGAAAUUUGGUGGAAGUUAUAUUACCCAUGUAUGCAACUCUAAAUCUCGAAAGCAUCAACUCUUUAUGGGAAAUUAAGGCAGAGUUCUUUUCAUAUUUUGACGGUCAAUUGCACAGGAACAGGAUUUGGACCGGCGUUGUAAAUGGCAUAGCGGCUACUUUUAUACAGCCGGUUUACUACUCAUCGUUCUUCAACACGGAGAAUAUAUAUGGAUACCCAAAUGACUUUGAGCGAUUCUCGUAUUUUUCUCGUGCCUCACUGGAUUAUAUACUUAAAUCAGGAAAGAAACCUGAUGUGAUACAUAUACACAACUGGGAAACUUCGAUUGUCGGACCGUUAUUUUGGGAUAUUUUUGCUAAUCAGGGUCUUGCUGCUACUAGAAUACUGUUGACUUGCCAGGGCCUUAAAUCUCAGUGCCUUGAGCAACCUGAUAAAUUGGCAAUGUGUGGGCUUGAUCCAGCUAAAUUGCAUCGUCAUGAUCGCUUGCAAGACAAUAAUAAGCCACAUCUUGUUAACAUCUUAAAGGCUGGAAUUGUUUAUUCAAACAAAGUCAUAGUGAUGUCAUCAAUACAUUCAAAAGAUCAAAUAGUUAGUACUCUGAGCCAUGGACUGGAAUUUGCCUUGGAUACUCAUAAGGACAAAUUACUGAUUGCUCCAUUUGGGUACGAUGACUCACCAUGGGAUCCUUCACAGGACAAGUUUCUUCCACGCGGCUACACUGCGGACGAUACGAGGGGAAAAGCGAUUUCCAAAGCUGCGUUACAACAGCAGCUAGGGUUACCUGAAAAUAUUGCAUCUGUUUUUGUCGGGUACAUGUUUACCGAAGAUUCGGAUGUUGAUUUGGAGAAUAUUAAAUCGCUUGUUCGGGAUUCUUCCACUAGGGGUGUUCAGUUCAUCUUUGUGGGAAUUAGCAAAAUAUACGGAAUGAAAAACAAACUGGAAUCCUUUCAGGAAGGUCUCAAGGAUGAAAAUGUGAGAUUUGUUGACGAGUAUGAUGAAUCUCUAUUGCAUUUGAUCUUUGCUGGAUCCGAUAUAAUCUUGUGUUCUUUCGAUGAUCCAAUGCUUCAAAUGCCAGUCAAGGCCAUAAAAUAUGGAGCUGCUCCCGUUCCUGUGAAUUUUACUGAUGACAGAUUAAGGAAGUUUAUCGAUCCUGGCAACACCGAACGCACACAAUUGUCAGAGUACAUUAUAAACACCUUUGCAAAUGUCUCGUUAAGUCAAGCGAUUGACGAAAUUAAGAAGAAGCCAUCACAGUGGAAUAGAAAAAUACUGGAGGCAAUGUCAAAAGAUGUAUCAUGGGAUGCAGAGUGCUAUGAUAUACAUGUUUCAGCUUACAUGUCGCUAAAGAAAUAAUAUUUUUCCAGUGAACUUGCGGGACCCACCAAUUUCCGCCUCUACCUUCUAGGGUUUUCUAUGUAACGUUGUAUCUACAAAUAUUGUGUCAGUAUACAGUUGUCCGUGCAGGGUUUUUAUUUACAAUAUGACAUGGUAUCAGGCAUAACCAUCACCGUGCUGGCUGCCAUGCCUUUUUAAGGCACCAAGGGACCCUGGUGUUAAGGCCGGCUGCCUGUUGUUCAUCCAACUGCUGUCGCCCUUUGCCACUGCGGUGUUGCAUCUGAUCGUUUGGAACCAUGUUUUCGGAACUGUUGAUCUUGUAUGAAAGCAACACCAAGAUCAAAAGUCUGGUGUAACAUACUAUGGAAACAUUUUAUUUUAUUAAUUAAAAGUCUUAAAUUCCUAUUCAUUCA